AUGGCAUAUCCUCCUGAGUUGAGGAGAGAAAUCAUGGGAGAUAUUACAAAACAUUUGUCUCUUCAAGAUUAUGUUCGUUUUGGUGCUAUACACUCUUCUUGGUCGGCAAGGGCUAAAGCAAAUUAUCAUUCUUCUCAUCAUCGAUACCCGUUAUUAAUUGUCAAUGAUUAUAACCUAGGAGGUAACCCUCGGUUGUACAACAUAUUCAAUCAAAGUUUUUAUCCAUUAGAUCUUCCUCCUGGAUAUCAUUGUUGUGGUUCCUCUCGUGGUUGGCUGUUGAUGAUGAAUUCGAGCAGGAAAAUGUGUUUGUUCAAUCCAUUCUCCAAAACUCGGAUUGACCUACCCUUAUUCUUGUUGAGUGAAAGGGAAUAUAGAGGAUAUAAGCGAGUCGGUGAACAAAUGGAUCGGCCUUUACAUGAGAUAUUUCUAGAAAGGCUUAUUUUUAGAGCGGUUUUAUCGGCUGAUCCUGAAAAGUGUUCGGAUUAUAUUAUAAUGGUUAUUAGCCGCGGUGCAUCAGAUCUUAGAUUUUGGAGGUCUGGUGAUUCAUCCUGGACUCGUAUAAGGGAUCGUACACGUGACUUUUUGGAUGUUGUAUGGUAUAAUGGAGCAUUUCAUGCUUUAUCAAUGUUCAACGAAGUGUUUGUGGUUUGUCUUAGCCCAAACUUGAAGUUAAAAAGAAUUGCUCGAAAGCCUAAUUCUUUGCAUACUAUCUCAAGAUAUUUAGUUGAUUGCAUGGGUGAUUUGUUGAUUGUUGAGAGGAAAACGACAGAAAAAUAUGCUAUGCAUACUAGCACACAUGCUUUUCUUGUUUUCAAAUUGGAUGAAAAGGACAUGAAGUUCACCAAAGUGGAAAGUAUUGGAAAUCAUGCUUUGUUUCUAGGUAGAAAUUCUACCAUUGCUAUUCCAACCGGGCAAGUUCUCUAA